GUUGUGGAAAACGUCUCUUGCUCUCGCCUGGCGGCUCGUGCACCAAGGUCGAAACACCAGCAGAAUGGGCACCAUAGUACGCAAAUCAGGACUCGAUUACAGGUGCUCUGCUCGUGUCGGGUGUUGACGUCGCCCUCGGCGAUCGACUUCCCCGAGCGAUCGAGUUGCCUUCGGAAGCUUCAGACCCCAUGACAUUCAGUGUAGGAUAUGGACCUGAAGCUGGAUCAGAGUCUCGGCUGGUACCAGAAAAAGAUCGGUGCCUACGACAAGGAGGCAUGGGAGCGUCACGUCGAGCGCAGAGUGCUUCGCGGCGUCAGCGGACUGCCAAAGAAAAGCGCCAAGUUCAAAGCAGGCUUCAUCGACGUGGACCUCGUUCGGGGGUCCACUUUCAAGAAGAAGAAGCCUCGAAGUUCAUGGCUAAUGCUGUGUGCCAAAGGAGCACUUAGAGUUCUUCUGUACCCGCUGUACAUAACUUGGUGGACACAACAUACGAGCCAUGCCGUUUCGAUGUACUUCCUUUUUCUAUACUUGUCGCAGAUCUAUGCGACCUAUCUGAACGUAUACGUCAACCCGCAGGAUGACUUUGAUCUUCUCGUGAUCGAAGUCAUCACGCCCCUUGUCGUCAUGUGCUUCCUGGGAGCCAUACACGAACAAAUCGCAACGAAAAGUGUAUCGAACGGAGCGAACUUCCCGAAACACGGUCAGAAAAGGCGCUUGAGACGGAAACUACACAAAGCCCCAAGCGAAGUCGAGGGCAAGCAAGCCGAGAACAAAGAGGACAGCAAGGAGAGCGGGCUCGAGAGUCUCGACUUCGCGACCAAGAAUACCGUCGACAGCUCCGAGAAAGGCUCGAGUCCAACAAGUCUGAGCGAACCGCAGACUCCGGAGCAUCAUCUGAAGAUUGUGAUCUCCUCCGAUGACGAUGAGUUCUUCAUCGCGAAAAGUCGCAGCGAAAUGAACAACUUACGCCGCAGACGCAAGCUCAAGCGACGCUCCGACGGAGUCCUCUACGACCUGAAUCAUCUGAGGUUGGCCGACGAUCUCAACGCCCACCGAAGACUCUCUGCUGAAAGCGGGGCUUCCUACAUCCGCAACCACAUCUGGGACAAGCUGAGCGACGACCGGAACGAGACGGCGAGCAGCGCGGACGAGUCACAGUUCCCGCAAGGUCUGAAGAAUCAAUCGGAUUUCGAAUGGCCCUCCCAGACCGAUUGCAACUAUAUCUCCUCGAGUUCGGAGAACCUCCAUUCGGAUGAGGCUACGGACGACGACGAUUACGGUGACGAUAUUGCGCCCUUGCAGUGUAGCUCAGUGGAUAAAGUCAGCUGCACGAUCUGGGAACACGGCGACUGCAAGAAAGUUGACCUGUCCAUUUUCGACAUUGCAUCAGCGAUCGUCAGGAAAGUUGAAAACUGGAGACACGCCAACGAAUAUCCCGUAUUGGCGUUGGUCCUCAGCUUCGUUUUGGCCCUGUAUCCGUUCUACUUCAAGACGGAGUUGCGUUCGCCCCUUCAGCAGUAUUACUUUUAUCAGGAUGCCACCGAAACGGGCUUCAACUCCUCGGCCCUAGAAGCGCAGCCAAACUCGACCCGCGAAUCAGGACAAGCCUUGAGCGACGAAGCGAAAAUCAUUACCACGGCCUGUCUUGUCAGGCUCAGCCUGUCCUGCACUUUUUUCUAUCUGCUGUGCGUGGCCGAACGGACGUUCACUCAACGGUUCCUUUACGCGAAACAUUUCUGUCAGCUGACGUCCGCACGGAGAGCCUACCGAUCGGAACUGCCCCAUUUCCGGUUGAAUAAAGUCCGAAACAUCAAGACGUGGCUCAGUGUUCGAUCCUAUCUCAAGAAGCACGGACCCCAGCAAUCGGUCGAUGCCAUUGUUUCAACGGCUUUUGUGAUGGGCGUUUGCGUGUUGUCCUUAUUUUGCGCGCAAAUGCUCCGAGACGGCCACUCGCUCGAGAAGCUAUUCUGCUGCGAAUGCGCACUCUGGUGCAUCGGAAUCGGAGUCUUCAUGACUCGCUUCAUGAUGCUGGGCUUGAAAAUCAACAAAAAAUAUCGGAACCAUUCAAUUCUGAUAACAGAACAAAUCAAUCUCUAUCUGCACAUGGAGCAAAAACCACAGAAGAAAGAUGAGCUAGUCCUGGUGAACAACGUGCUCAAGUUGGCCGCUGAUCUUCUCAAAGAACUCGAAAGUCCGUUCAAGAUCUCCGGAAUCUGCGCCAACCCCUACCUGUACAAUAUAACCAAAGUAAUUUGUGUGUCGGCGUUCUCCGCAGCUCUGUCCGAACUUCUCGGGUUCAAAUUGAAACUCCACAAGAUAAAAAUCAAAUAGAAAUCGAGCCACGUCGUCGACCCGAGGAGGCUCUCCAGAGCCUCGUCGCAUGGUCCACCCGCCGCGAGAGCAGAUGGUUUUCAUGAGAAAGCACCUUAUUCUGUAUAUUCCAUACAUUGGAUGACGUUGAGCCUAUAGCUCACCG